AUGGACGUGCGGCUCUUCUUCGUCCGGGCCGAAUUCCUCAAAGGCUACUACCUACCUAUAACGCGCGUCCCAGACGGUAUCGGUGCAACCAUUACCAUUCUUCCUAUUGGAAAGGCAUUCGUGAUCGAUCUAUUACACAGCCAUACACAUGGUGACAUUGGCUUCGUCUUGUUACUCCUCCGCCUCUGGUACUGGAGCUUAACAUGGCGAGUAACAGUAGGACUUCCAGAGUUUUUUCAAGGGAUAGUUCACAUGUACUCGCAUUUAUCACAGCAGACCAGCGCGCAUCUACCAGUCGGCAGAUUGAAGAGCUGGACCAACAGUGAUCAGACCAUACCAGACCGUAUUUGUAGAUCCCAUGGAACUGGAUCCAUGCAGCCUCAAAGUUCUUUCGCGCAGUCUCAGGGACAGCCCGCCUUCGAAUUUUCCGAUCCGACGAGGGGAUACUACUCUGGAUUUGAACAUCCAAUCGCAAUGGGCAUCAACGACAUCACCUUACCUUCCUCUCCUGUUGCAAUGCUACCAGUUUGGGAUUUCCUCUCGGGGAUUAUGCAGGAGACGCCCAAUGGAUGCUACGCCAGGAACGGACUAUCAGCCCAACCUCAUCUGUUGCCAUCAGAUUACAACGGGCGCAAAGCCACUCGCGGUCGGAGGCGUUCUUCCUUGGUGAUAUACGAACUUAGCGUUACAGUCACUCCUGCUACGUCGGUAACGCGACGACCGAGUUAG